UGCAGUUACAAAAUAAUAAUCAACGUGGAAAAUGGUUUGGGAAAAGAUAGUCUAAAUGUAAUGUAGCACAAUUCAGUCAAUGCAACUUUAAUUAGGGAAAAUCCAAGUCUUUGCCUGAUUUUUCCAAGUCAAUUCAACUUUUCAAACACGCCAAUACUCUUGUCUUCUGCUUCCCUCUUCUCCCUUCUCUCACUCUUACCUCUGUUUUGCUACUCUGUUCUAAUUCUUCGUUCUACAUUCUUAAUUCCUCACUUCAAACACUCCACUUUUAUCCAACAUGAAAAUUGACGGCCUGAAUUUCUUGUUCUUGUCCUUCAUUCUUUUCUUGAAUUCGGUUUCUUCGCAGCUAUCUCCAACGCAGAAAUCGUCCAUGAUCAACCUCUCCGAGCACCUUCACAGCCAAGUAUCCUCUUUCUCAUGGGAUACUAACAAAGACCCGUGUACAUGGACCGGUGUGGCAUGCAAUAAUCUCAACAACUCUGUAAUCAAAAUCUCUCUUUCCAGCUUGAAACUCACCAGUUCCAAUUUCUUACCUAUUGCAUGCCAAAUUCCAUCUUUGGAGGUUCUUGAUGUUUCAAAAAACCUCCUAAACUCAAUCCCAGUUGAGUUUUUAUCGAGCUGUGGCGAUAUUUCUACGCUCAGAUCAGUUAAUUUUAGCUGGAACAGAGUUUCUGGUCCUCUGCCUUCUUUUGAGAAUGGCUUUACCAAUUUAGAAGCCCUGGAUUUAUCUCAGAAUUUGCUGAGUGGAUCCAUUGGGACGCAAUUAAACGCGUUGGUGAGUCUCAAAAGCUUAAAUCUUAGCUCAAAUAGUUUCAAUGGGUCCAUUCCAACCAACUUCGGAGAAGUCAAGGGGUUAGAGCAACUUCAAUUAUCAGCCAACAUUUUUCAAGGCACUAUACCAGAACAGCUUGCUGAUUACAGAAAUCUAACCUUUCUUGAUCUUAGUUCGAAUCUGCUCAAUGGGGAAAUUCCUUCCAGAAUUCAGGAGCUCCCUAAAUUGGAAGUGCUAGUGUUGUCAGGCAACAAGCUAAGUGGGGAGGUCCCUGAUCUUUUUUCCAAUAACACGAGACUACAGAGAUUUGCAGCCAACCAGAACGAGUUUUAUGGUAGUGUACCAUCUGGGAUAACAAGGUAUCUGAAGACUUUGGACUUAAGUUACAAUAACUUAAGUGGGUCAAUACCAAAUGAUCUAUUGUCACAACCAAACUUGCAGAAAGUUGAUCUCUCUUACAAUAGGCUGAUUGGAACGAUAUCUGGGAAUGUUUCUUCAAGUUUGGUUAGGCUGAGAUUGGGAGGUAAUUUACUGCAGGGAUCAAUUUCGCCAAUCAAUUUCAGAAAUCUUCAGAGCUUGGAAUAUUUGGAGCUGGAAAAUAACAACUUGAUUGGAAAAUUACCUGUUGAUCUUUGCUCAUGUCAGAAGUUAAGCUUGUUGAACUUGGCUGAAAACAAACUAUCCGGGGAAUUACCAACAGAAUUGGGCAAUCUGAAGCAGCUUCAAGUUUUGAGUCUUCAGCUCAACAAUUUUGUUGGCAAUAUUCCUAGUGAAAUCACCCAGCUAUCCAAGUUGACAAGCCUAAAUAUCAGCUGGAAUUUGCUAAGCGGUCCAAUUCCUCCUUCCAUCUUAUUCUUGGAAAGACUUGAAUACCUGCAUUUGCAGGAGAACAAGCUGAGUGGUUCAAUACCCAGAACCAUUGGCAACUUGAACUCCAAAAACCUGAUUGAACUCCAGCUAGGGCAAAACCAUCUCAGUGGGAAGAUUCCUCUGAUGCCCCCACUUUUGCAGUAUUCUCUGAACCUCAGCCACAAUUUUUUUGAAGGGCAAAUCCCCAAAUCACUUGAUCAGAUAACUUCCCUGGAGAUUUUGGAUCUCUCCAACAACAGAUUUUCUGGUGAGAUUCCAGACUUUCUAACUACUAUGCGGAGCUUAACAUGGUUGUUACUUGACAAUAACAAUCUCUCUGGAGUUAUUCCAACAUUUCCUAGCACUGUCAUUGUAGAUACCAAAGGAAAUCUAGGUCUUAAUUAUCCACCGCCAGAUAGUCCAAACACCAACCACGGGAAAAUGUCAAUUGCUGUCAAAAUUGCAGUGGUAGUUAGUGCAGCUCUCUUUGGUGGUUUGAUCGCGAUUCUUGGGGUUUUUCUCUCAAUGCGACUACUUUACAAGGUUCAUGAUAUAGAUGUUCAGUCAAGACAGCCGGAUCUUCCCGUCCCUCUGGCUGUAGAAAGUCACAUCUUGACAACCAAUAGCACCCAUAAAUCAAACAUUGAUUUUACUAAAGCCAUGGAAGCAGUAUCCAACCCAUUAAACCUUGUCUUGAAGACCAAAUUUUCGACCUACUACAAAGCAGUCAUACCCUCAGGAGUAAGCUAUUUUGUCAAGAAACUCAACUGCACCGACAGGAUUUUCCAACCAAGCAACCAUGGAAGCUUUGGGCAGGAGCUAGAGGCUCUAGGGAAGAUGAACAGUUCAAACAUCAUGACUCCUCUAGCUUAUACACUGGCUGCAGAUAGUGCUUUUCUCAUCUAUGAAAUGUCAUUCAAAGGGACUUUGUUUGAUUCCCUACAUAGAAGUUCAGGAACUCUUUUAGAUUGGGUGAGUAGGUGUAGUAUAGCAGUCGGGGUGGCUCAAGGCCUGGCCUCUCUCCAUGGAUGUUCGACCGGUCCAGUUCUGCUUUUUGACCUCUCAAGCAAAACUGUCUUGCUCAAGUCAUCGAAGGAGCCGCAGAUUGGAGAUAUCGAGCUUUGUAAGGUGAUUGACCCCUCGAAGAGCGCUAGCAGCCUAUCAGCUGUGGCAGGUUCUGUUGGCUAUAUUCCACCAGAAUAUGCUUACACAAUGCGGGUGACACUGGCGGGAAAUGUUUACAGCUUUGGGGUUAUUCUGCUAGAGCUGCUAACAGGAAAGCAGGCAGUUAGUGAGGGGACAGAAUUGGCUAAGUGGGUUCUUAGAAAUUCUACACAGCCUCAAAAAUGGGAUCGGAUUCUUGACUUCAGAGUCAGUCGGACAUCAACAUCAGUCAGAAGCCAGAUGCUAGCAGUACUCAAAAUUGCUCUGGCUUGCAUUAACGCCUCAUCAGAGGCAAGGCCAAAGAUGAAGAGUGUGCUAAGGAUGCUGUUGAAUGCAAGAUGACCACAGCCUAGAAGAAGUCGAGUAAUAACUAUAGAUUGUUGAUUUUGAAUUAGCCAAGAAAUUAAGACAGCCUUGGUAAUGGUCUUGUAAAUAUACAUAGCUAUCUGUACGCUUUUCAAUCACUUCUAGCACCAAAUUCUUUUUAAUGUGUUUUUUAGAAUGAAAAUUGAUAAACACAAGUCCCUGUCACAGCAAUAAGUACAACUUUAUAUAUGCAAUGAGUUCUCUUUAACAAAUGAUCAUACAUUGUUUGCAGAACAUUCUUCAUUUUAACUGUAAAUCAUAAGACAAACUCAGCAAAACUGUAUCACAUACUUCAAAAUUCACAGGCGCAAAAAGUGGAACAGGGUAUUUAACGAGUCUCGUUAAUAUAUAGAAGCACAUUUUGCAAUCUGUAACAACAUUACUUCUCAUUGUCAAAAAAAAAAA